CUCCGCUCCUCAUCCCGUCCUCGUUCACUCCGCAGCCGAAUUCCCCCGUCUCCACCGCUCAGUCCCCCGGACCGGACCGCCGGACCUCUCCUCGCCUUGCCAUGGCAGCCGCAGCACUGAGGGCGCAGCUCAACGAUCAUAUCGCCAGCAUGUACACCGAUGGUGUGGUGGACGAGGACACGUUCGAGGAGCUGCGGGACGAGGGCACUGCCGCCGAGGUCUCCCGCCUCUUCAUCUACGACGCCUCCGAUAUCAUCGACGACAUCGACACCCUGAUGGAGGAGCCCGAAGUGGACUUUGACGAGGUGGAAGCCCUGACGCAGCAGCUCAUGCGGUGCACCUCCAGUGUUGGUGCACAGCAAGUGAACCUCGCCUGCAUGAACUUCGGCAAUUUCUAUGCCAUAAAAUACAUACAAGGGUGUCUCUUGUCAUUGGAUCUUGUUAGGAAUGAGUUCUAUAUUGUGCGGCAUGAGUUGGAGGUCAUGAUGCAGCUCGAAGAGCAGAUUGCGGCAUGUGGUCCUAACUCUUAAGUAGCGGCAAGUGAAGGGAAAAGAGCGUGACCCCAUGCAACCCCUUGCAUUAUGUGUUCCAUGUGUCUCCGAAGAUGUAGCGGUUUUCAAAGGGUGUCUAGCACUAAAGGGUGCGCGUAAAACUUAGAUGAAUAUUCUCGCGUCGGAACUUUGGGCUCGUAACGCUGUGAACGGGAACUGUUGUCGUGUGUUGAUGUCAGUGUGAAGUCCAUAUUCUAGUGUGUCGUGGAUGUGUGCCCCGCCUACGGGCUGUGUGUAAAAUCUCUACCUGCUUGUUUGGUCUUCUAGUGACUUUGUUUUGCUGUAUGUUCUGUUUGGUUUUCUCUAUAAGCAAGUCUUGUUGUUGGUUGCUGUA